UGUGUGACUGUGUGUGUGACAUGUGGACACAUAACUAAAAAAGGAAUUGAAGAACAAAAUUCAAUUAAUUAUGGAGUGGGAGUGGCUGUCAGAGUUCUUGAAGGGGAUGGUGAAGCCGGCAGCCGCCACAGCAGUGGUGUUGCUCGCGGCGGCUUUAUCAUAUUUUCAAAAGCUUAAACUAGAAGGCGAGAUGAUUUACGCCAUUGUUAGAGCUUUCCUUCAGCUCUCUGUUAUUGGGUUUGUCCUUCAAUUCAUUUUCAACCAAAAUAAUGGCUGGUGGAUCAUUCUUGCUUAUCUCUUUAUGGUUUCGAUUGCAGGGUACACGGCAGGGCAACGGGCCAAACAUGUACCUCAUGGGAAAUACAUAGCCGGGAUGUCUAUUUUGGUUGGUACGGCCAUCACGAUGAUGCUACUUGUAUUGCUAAAUGUUUUUCCCUUCACUCCUCAAUACAUAAUCCCGGUUGCCGGAAUGAUGGUUGGGAAUUCCAUGACUGUCACCGGAGUUACAAUGAAAAGACUACGGGAUGAUAUCAGGACUCAAAUGAAUUUGGUGGAAACGGCCUUGGCUCUUGGUGCGACACCCCGUCAAGCUACACUCUAUCAAGUAAAGCGGUCAUUAGUAAUCGCACUCUCGCCGGUUAUUGACAACACAAAAACCGUAGGCCUCAUAUCACUUCCGGGUGCAAUGACCGGACUUAUAAUGGGGGGAGCUUCACCGGUAGAAGCCAUUCAACUUCAAAUAGUGGUCAUGAACAUGCUUAUUGGGGCUUCAACAUUGAGUAGCAUUAUGUCAACCUAUUUUUGUUGGCCUAAUUUCUUUACUAAAGCUUAUCAACUAGAAACAAAGGUCUUCUCUAUCGAAUAGACUUUCGGGUCCAGAUCCAAGUAUUGAGGAUCAGACCAUUUUGUACUUAGAAGAACAAGACAAAAAGAGGACUUCACUAAAACGGCCAAAACUUUUGCUACAGAGCUCCGACUUUGGCGUAUGACCAGUCGAAACGCUGUUUUCUAGGAGUUAUGGAUCCUUUUAUAUGUUUUUUCGGGUUUUUUGGAUUUUCUUUUUAUUAUAACUUUUGGCCCACUUAUGUUUUUAGGCCCAUUUGAAAUUUGCAGCUCUAUUUAUAUGUAUCUGGACAAGAGAAAAUGAUCAGUUUAUCAUAAAUCAAAAUUUCAUUUUUCCCUA